AUGCCUACACCUGCUCUCCCUCAGCCCGCACACCCAGAGCUCGAUUCAAUGCUGACGAGGAAGUUUGGCAAGGAGGUUGCCAAUUACUUUGCCGGCUCUCCGCUGAAUCGCUUUGGUUUCCUCCGCAGCGACAAUGUCUUCCUGUCUGGAGCUCUCAAGCACCCGUCCACAAAGUUCCUCGCUUGCAACAACCUGCAGCCAUUGACCAAGGACAAGGCCAACCUCGCCUAUAUCCAAUACAAAGAUGUCCAGCCUAUCAUUGGCGAAGACCCCUAUGCUACUCCCGAGUCCAAGAUGAUCGAGACGUUCAACUCCAAAACCUUCAUCCCUCAGAUGAUCUUCCUCGGUCUGGACGAAUCAGUCAAGGACAACUCCUUCAGCUACGAAGCGAAGAACGCCGUUCACAAGGGUGCCCCUUACUUCGCCAUCGAUGUCACCCCCAAGGAUCCUCUGACCCAGCAAUGCAACGACCUGAUCAAGUCCUGCGAAGACAAAGGCCUCACCUUCCAACAAGGCCGCUCCAUGGACCUAGUCGCUGGCGACGCAGCAAUCUACGCCGAAGCCCGCCAACUCCUUGAUUGGAACAUGCGGAACCCUUUCUGCGCUCAAUGCAGCCAUCCCACUCUCUCCGUCAACGGCGGCUUCAAGCGCACCUGCCCGCCAACCGAUAUCUCUGCUCUCCCCUCCACCGCCCUCUCCACCUCCAACACCCCUGCAUCAUCCAUCGACCGCCCCGCCUGCGCAACCAGAAAGGGCGUCUCCAACCUCUCCUUCCCCCGCACCGACCCAACCAUCAUCGUCGCGGUCGUCAACGCCGCCGGCGACAAACUGCUGCUGGGCCGCAGCAAGCGUUUCCCAAAAUACUGGUAUUCCACUCUAGCAGGUUUCUGCGAACCCGCCGAGUCAAUCGAAGAAGCCACCCGCCGCGAAGUCUGGGAGGAAGCCGGUAUCCACCUCGGUCGCGUCAUCAUUCACUCUACUCAACCGUGGCCAUACCCUGCAAACUUGAUGAUUGGAGCUAUCGGACAGAGUGUGCCUGAGGGCGAAACCAUUGAUCUGGGUAAUGAUCCCGAGUUGGAGGAUGCCAAGUGGUUUACUUUUGACGAGGUCAGGCAGGCAUUGAAGGUGGGGACUAGUGGGUUGGAUGAGGGACCGCAGGCAGAGUACAAAGAGGGGGAUUUGAGGUUGCCGCCGCAGACUGCUAUCGCUAAUCAGUUGAUCAGUGCUGUGGUUGAAAAGGGCUUCUUGUCCGCUCAGCCAAAGAUCUAG